GCCGCCCACGGGGUAGCUAUCCCGGCGGGCCGCGCGCGGCGGUGUUUGAAUGGCUGUGAGUGGGGCCCGGCUGGGGAUCCGAAGGACGCUCUGAGCUGCCGGGCGCGGUUCAUCAGCACAGUGGCUGAGCUCCGGCGCUGCGGUACCAUGAGGCGCCGGCACUUAAGAGAUUAUGGCAUUUGAUACUCACCAUGUUAAAAAACGGAACUUCUCUAAUAGUAUUGAUCUUCCUAGAAAGAGGAUCUCUAUUUUCACCAAUAAGAACAUGAAGGAGGUUAAGAGAUCUCCAAAACAGUUGGCUGCUUACAUUAGUAGAACAGUUGGACAAGCAGUGAAAAGCCCAGAUAAACUUCGCAAGGUGCUCUACCACAGAAAGUUAGUUCGUCAUUCCUUCUCAAAUCGUUGUUACAGAACUAAGCAGUCCCCUAAAAGUGGGGGCUGUGACAUGGCAAAUAAAGAAAAUGAACUGGCUUGUGCAAGCCAUCUAUCUGAAAAUUUACGCCACGACAGUCGGACAUUUGUCAUUAAUACCAGUGAUUCUGGGUCUUCACAGACAGAAAACCCAUCAUCAAAAUAUAGUAGUUUCUUUUCUGAGGUUUCUCAGGACCAUGAGACAAUGGCCCAGGUUCUAUUCAGCAGGAAUUUGAGAUUGAAUGUAGCUUUGACUUUCUGGAGAAAGAGAAGUAUAAGUGAACUUGUAGCUUAUUUAGUGAGGAUAGAAGACCUUGGAGUUGUGGUAGAUUGCCUUCCUGUUCUAACCAAUAGUUUACAGGAAGAAAAGCAAUAUAUCUCACUUGGCUGCUGUGUAGACUUACUUCCUCUAGUAAAGUCUUUACUUCAAAGCAGAUUUGAAGAAUAUGUAAUUGUUGGCUUAAACUGGCUUCAAGCAGUAAUAAAAAGGUGGUGGUCAGAACUCUCAUCUAAAUCAGAAAUUAUAAGUGAUGGAAAUAUUAAGAUUUUAAAGCAGCAGUUGAAUGGAUUGUGGGAACAGGAAAACCAUCUUACUUUGGUUCCAGGAUAUACUGGUAAUAUAGCUAAGGAUGUAGAUGCUUAUUUAUUACAGCUGCAUUGAGAGAUUUCAUCGUCUAAAGAGUAUUUGGUUAUUCAGACAGCGCUGGAUUAUAUGAUUUCCGAAAGUAGGGUCUCCUGAGAGCCGAGAGCUGUGGAAGAAAUAAAACCAUUUUUUUUCCUGUUAAAAAGCCACAUAAUAAAACCACUAACGAAAUCCUAACAAUCUACUUCACAUUGAAGUGGAAAUAUCCAGAAGGAACAGCUUCAACUUCAAUGAGGUGAAAGUGCACUCUGAAGACUGUCUGCCCAUGCUGCAUGCAGAACUUAAAUGACCUUUUGGUAGUGUUGUUUAAGAACUACUGGGUCUUAACUCAGUCCUGCAUAAGAAUAUGAUUUAUAGUAUGCAAAAAUAAGACAGGACUUAUUACCAGGAACUAUAAAGAUCAAUCAUUAAAUUUCUUUUGUGUUUUAUGCAGAAACACUUAAAUGUGUGCAGCUAUUUUCUUCUGUGGAAAGACUUUGAAAGUUUAAAACAUCAUAAUAAGUAAUAUUAAAAUUUUUUGUCCACACUGAUACUGUGUACAAAUGCCUUAAUUAUUGAUAAGCCAAUGUGUUAUAAUACCAAUAUCUCUUUUUUUAAAAAAAAAUUAAAAGCAACCAUGCUUCUGGCAUGAUAAAAUCAUGGAAUUAAAUCAGGGGUUUACAUUCAUGUAGAAUGUUGUUGAAAUAUAUUCGACACCAUUUUUUUAAACUUGAGAAAUUUUUAGUAUCUCUGAUUUUUUUUUUUGUCAGAAACUUCAUGUAUGUUUGUAUGUAUGUGUUAUUCUUAUAUAAAGAAAAAAGGUGAAUAUGUAUUUGUAUGAAUGUUUAACUGGAAAUGUCCAUGGAGUUGGCUAAUUUAUAUUCACUUUUUAUUGUAUAUAGAGUUCUAAUAUUUUUCAUUUCUGUAACAUUUAAACUUCCUUUAAGUAAAUUUACUAAAUAUUUCUAUUUUUUGCUUUUUUAAUUCUAAUUUUAUAUGAAAUCUAAUUAAUUCCUUGUCACUAAAUGUGUUCUGAAAAGUUCCAUACAAUGUUUCAGAAUUGUUUACAGUUAAUGCUGACAUUGUACUUUAAGUUCCAACACAGUGCAUCACUACCUCCUCUAAUGGUUAGUAUCAAAUCCCAGCAAACUCUAUGCAAGCGAUUUUUGUGUUUUGUUUUUUUAAUAUGGCCAUUUGAAGCAUCAGUGUACUCAAUUCUGGAAUGUCUUAACAGUUUGAAUGGGACCUGUCUUAGAUGGAAUUAUAGGUUACUACCACUCCAGCUGGCCAGUUCAUCAUCUUUCUUUAAUAAGGCUUGCAAGCUUCCAGACAAAAUAAAUUGACUUCCUCUCCAUAUUCCAAUGUACAUUUUAAAACUAAACAGUGACUACUGAGAAGCCCCUCCCUCGGCGUCUUUUCUUGCUAUGGAGAUGUUUAAAGUGUUACUUUUCUCUGAAUUCUGUUUUGUAUAGCUAUUAUUCCAGAUAUCUCUGUACACCACAGAAUGAAUAUCCGUUGUAGUAAUUGAUUAUUAUGUCCUCAGAUUAGAGUCAUUCCAGAUGACUACAGUUUUGUGAUUGAGAGGUGAGGUAUGUAAGAAGUCAUUUUUCAGAAUGUGGGAAUUUCAUAAACCUCCAUCAUCCUGAAACCUUAAGAUGGGAACUACAACCUUUCUUUCUUCUUAGUCCUUUAGUUUUCACUGUCUUAUUGAACCAUUUGGGCAGGUUGAUGUGGUUUGGUUGGAGUGUGUUGCUAGUGAGACUAAGGGUUUGAGUCUGAUCCUUUUAAAUUCAUUAACUUCUCACAUGCACAAAGAAAUUCUAUGGUUUCUGAUUGCAUAUUCCCUUCAGUAUCCACUUAAUAAAUUUACUUUGUGAUCACAAA